CAGUAGGCAGUUCACUUAAAACAGGGGUUGCCAUAUGACGUAACUGGUGACGUCACUCAAUUCAGCUAUCUAUUUCGUCUGUCUCUCUUCUCUUCUCUUCCAUAAAGCCUUUUGAUUCUCUCCACGCCUCCUUUGAUUCACUCACAUUUUGUAAGAAUGUCGAGCUCUCAGUGCUUUGAAAACCCACCAAGCCUGAGCUCCACCUGCGGCGCAGGGACAGUCCAAGAGCUCGGAGGCCUUCUAACCUACGUCACCGGCGCUCCAGACUCAAAGCUCGCCAUCCUUCUCAUUUCCGAUGUUUUUGGGUAUGAAGCACCGAAUUUAAGGAAACUUGCGGACAAAGUUGCAGCAGCCGGAUUUUUGGUGGUAGUUCCUGAUUUUUUCUUUGGUGACCCCAUUAUUAAGCUUGAUGACCCUCACUUUGAUCGAGAUUCAUGGAAAAAAGUUCACAACCCGGAUAAAGGAUGUGAAGAUGCCAAACCUGUGAUUGCGGCUCUGAAGAGUAAAGGUGUUUCUGCCAUAGGGGCUGCAGGUUUUUGCUGGGGAGGGAAGGUAGUAGUGAAAUUAGCAAGUUCAACUGACAUUCAGGCUGCAGUUAUAUUGCAUCCUGGUCAGAUUGCAGACAAUGAAAUCGAUGAUGUUAAGGUUCCUAUUGCUAUAUUGGGAGCUGAAACUGACCAUGCUUCCCCACCGGAACAGUUGAAACAGUUUGGGGAGAAGUUGUCUGUAAAAUCUGAGUUCGAUAGCUUUGUGAAAAUAUUUCCUGGCGUGUCUCAUGGAUGGACAGUGAGGUACAAUCUAGAGGAUGAAUCGGCUGUCAAGAGUGCUGAAGAGGCCCAUUUGGACAUGUUGAAUUGGUUUACCAAAUAUGUUGUCUAGUAGUGAAAAAUUGCUUGCACCCAGAAGAAGACAAAUCUUAGGUCAGAGGACUGAUCUUACGCAACUCCAGUGUAUUGUAUGCAGAAAACAGCCUUCUUGUUCCAUGUAUUUGGUGAUCAUGAACACAUGAAUAUAUACAUAAUCAUGGCUGAAUAUUUGAGUUGUGAUAUUAUUACUAAAAAAUGAUUUCCCCAAUUGGGGUUUUUCCAUAAA